GGCACCAUGGAUCUCUUAGCACCUGUUCCGGUGGUAGCAUCCCUCCACUGACCCCUUCCUCCACCUUUCCCUCUACCUUCACCCUCUUCCUCUAAACCCCAUCCCAUACAAACCGCCUUCCACUCGGCUAUCAUGGCAGGGGAGAAGGGCUCAAACAAGCGGAGUGUCAUGGAUAUCAAGCGCCUGGCGAGCCUCAUCCAGAGAGGGACGGGUCGCUUGCUGGUGAUUGACAGCAGGACGUUUUCUGAGUACAACGCUUCGCACGUGCAAGGUGCGGUCAACGUUUGCUACUCCAAGCUGGUGAAGAGGCGACUGCAGCAGGACAAGGUGUCCGUCACGGAGCUGCUGCAACCCAACGGCAAGGUGAAGGUGGAGCUGGGCAGGAAGCAGGAAGUGGUGGUUUACGACCAGAGUUCCAAAGAAGCGGGUCACCUGUCCAAAGAUGGCUUUGUGCACAUUCUCAUAGGAAAAUUGGAGGGUACCUUCCACAAAGUUUCCCUGCUCACAGAUAUUAGCUAUGACGGAGCGCUGGCUCCACAAGAGACGGAGGCAGCAGAGAAGGAAGAGGAGGAGAAGGAGGCGGGAUGUUGGUUAGAGUCUGAGCUCACGGCAAGUGAGCUCAUUCAACCUCAGAGCUUGAAGAGCGAGUGUGGCUCCGUCGUUCCCCUAACAGAGGGAGUCAGAGGAGGAGGGAGAGGGAGGAGUGUGAGCCGGUGA